AUGUCCACAACCCUCCCAAUACGGCGGUCCAUAGGCCGCGCCGCCUCCAAUUGCCUCUCCACGCGCCCCUCGCGGUCCCUCCACCCCUCGCCCUCCUCCCUCAUCCCCCUAUACCACCACCCGCACCACCCAUCCACGCAACAACGCAGACACGAAGCCACAGCCCGACGCCUCACGAAGAAACACCGCGUCCCAGCCGCGCCCGCCUUCGCAAACACGACCCAGCCGCAGGACCACAUCAUCUACAACCCGCCCUCCAGCGCGCCAAACGUGUACCACACGCCCUUGAAGUUCCUGCCGAAGAGCGAUCGGCGGCGAGAGCUCCUGCUCGCGCAGCAGCGCGCCGCCCAGGCCGCCGCAGCGGCGUACAAGCCCUCGUCGCCCUUCUCGACGGCGUCGCCAGCGGCCUCGGCACUAGCUUCGCUGUCAGCUUCAGCGGGCACGGAGGCAGCACCAACCCCCCGCCUCCCCCCUCCCGUCCGCGCCCCCUACGAGAAGAAAUACCACCUCACGCCGCCCCAGCUGGACGAGAUGCGCAAGCUGCGCGCGCGCGAUCCACGGAAGUGGACGCGGGUGAAGCUGGCCGAGAAGUUUGAGUGCAGCCAGUUUUUUGUCAGCUUGGUGUGUCAGGCGCCGCAGAUCAAGGCGGAGCGGGACGCGGAGCUCGAGAAUAUUAAGAAGAGGUGGGGGCGGCAGAAGACGAUGGCGAGGGAGGACCGGGUUAAGAGGAAGGAGAGCUGGGGGAGGGAUGCGUAG